AUGACAAGGUUGGAUACUGAGGAAAGUAGUAGGGUAGCAGAUGAUGCAAAAGAUCAAGGAUCUAGUUCAGCAACUGUGAGGUCAGUUGAAGAACCAAAUAGUUCCAAUCGCUGCGAGGCAGGGGUAACAACAGAAGAUUUGGCUAUUGCUGAGUUCGAUUCAGUUGAGGAGGCAUAUGUAAGGUAUGUGGAAUAUGCACGGGUUACCGGGUUUGCGGUUCGAAAGGGAGAUUCGGGAAGAGAUAAUGAAGGUAAUGUUGUGAGAAAAUUUUUCUUCUGCAACAGAGAAGGAUUGCGCGAUAAGAAACAUUACGAGAGGAUUGAUAGACAGCGGGCACACAAACCAAUUACAAGAACCAAUUCUAAUGCUAGGUUUCUGGUUCAUCUAGACAAGGGUUGUGGAAAGUUGAAUAUGAAGUCUUUCGUUGUGGAUCAUAACCAUGAACUAGCCCCAGCAGACCACACAAAUGUAAUGGCACCACAUCGGCACAUGUCGGAAGGUGACAAGGCCCAUGUUCAUAGCUUGCAUGAAGCAGGUUUCCAGACAACCCAAAUCAUGGGAUUCUUUGCCUAUCUCGCAGGUGGUUAUCGCAAUUUGCAUUUUAUAAAGAAGGAUCUAUAUAACUAUAUCGAUGAUGUUCGACGUUCCCGCAUAGUGGAGGAACCAUUUGGGUAA